AUGAGUUAACCAGAUAUGAUACAGAAAACAUUUCCUUCUCCUUUUUGGCUUCAAGUCUAUUUUAAGGCUUCAAGUCUCCAGUCCAAUUUGCACUUGGGGGCCGCGGAGGAGAUGCCUGUUCCCAUGGGAGGCCCUGCCCUGCUGUGGAUGGCGUUGCUUCUCUUCUCUCCACAUGGUGUGUCAGCAGAUAUCUCAAAACCUAUGGUGUCCUUGAAACCGCCAUGGAAUAGAAUAUUGAAAUAUGACAAUGUGACUCUUAUAUGCUAUGAGAACAACUCCCUUGAAGUUAACUCUGCUAUGUGGACCCACAACGACAGUCUUCUGGAAAAUAAAACUUCACGCUUCACCAUUGUGAAAGCCCACCCUCAGGACAGUGGGGAAUACAGGUGUCAGGACAAAGAAUCCAACAUGAGCGAUCCUGUGUACCUAGAAGUUUUCUCAGAGUGGCUGCUCCUUCAAGCCGCUCCCGAGGAGGUGACGGAGGGUGAGUCCUUCCACAUCAGGUGCCAUAGCUGGAAGAAUUUGAAAGUCACCAAGGUGACCUACUACAGGAAUGGCAAAGCCCUCAAGUACGGGUAUGAAAACUUCGAAAUGUCCAUCCCCAACACCACAAUAAUGGAUAACGGCAGUUAUUACUGCACCGGCUGGAUUCAGAGGCAAAAUCAUACUUCCGACACCAUCAACAUCAUUGUGAAAAAAAAUUACCUCAACCAGAGUGUUCACCAAAGAAAAACCUCCUGGCUACAAUUUCUGAUCCCAUUGUUGGUGGUGAUUCUGUUUGCUGUGGACACAGGACUGUUUAUCUUGACCCAGCAGCAGCUGACACUGAUCUUGAAGACUCAGAGGACCAGAAAGAGCAAAAAGCCAAACCCUGAAAAGAAAUGAUGUCCCUGCUUAAGAACCAUUAGCAACAGCAACUUCUUUCCAGCAUCAGCAAUCGCUUCUCCAUCAUCAAACACAGCUCCCAAUGCACACAGGAAGGUCUGCACUCAAGGCUUUACAGAGCUGCUUCAUUAAACCAACUCAAACUGAUUAAGUGACAUGUAAUUGUAACUGCUCAAUAAAUGUCAGUUAAAUAAGUUAAAAAA